CUUUGGGGGCAGUAAUGGCCAGGGUGGUUGUGGCAGUGUUUAAUUUUCUGAAGUAAAUGUUCAUAAAGUGAAGAAAAACAAUAAUAAAAUGUGAGAGGCAGCCAAAGGUGUAAAGUACUUGCAGGUGGCAUGUAAUUCUUCAAAAUUGCUGUAGUAAAAGCUCAGAGCAAUUGCAUGGCAUCUGUCAGAAAUACCAAAAAAGCUGAGCAGGCUGACAAGCAAAAUAAAGGAGCUCAGUAGAAGUAAAAAAACAUCUUUCAGAAGUUAAAGCUCCAAAUGGGAAAGGUAGAAAAGAACAUAAAAUCUGUGUUAGACACAGUAAGGUAGGCCAAAAAGAGUCUUGCAACAAGUUGCUAAAGGCAUGAAAACAAUUAGUAAAUCCUCUUUGAAAUGCAUCAAAAGCAGGAAGCCUGCUGAUAUGUGAUCCAUGCAUACAUGGAGUGCCCAAGGAAGAGAAAGUCAUAACUGAAGAGUCAAACAAAUUUUUGGCCAUUCCUUCAUUGAGAAAGAGUUUAAGGAAUUCCCUUGCAGGAGGCUUUUUCCUUUCUAAAGGGAUCAAAGGUGACAAGAAUAGCAGAGCAGAGAAGUUAAGAAUGAUGCAGAGAACACAGAUGUGAAGAACAAAGGAGAGAGGAAGGAGCUGAGCCUGGUGCGGAGGGGGAAAGGAGAAGAAGAAGCCUAAAUCUCCUUCCCAGGUGACAAUGCCUGUCGAAAGGAUGCGGAUGCGCCCCUGGCUGGAAGAGCAAAUCAACUCUAACAGGAUACCGGGGCUGAAAUGGCUAAAUAAGGAGAAGAAGAUUUUUCAGAUUCCCUGGAUGCAUGCUGCAAGACAUGGGUGGGAUGUUGAAAAAGAUGCUCCCUUAUUUAGAAACUGGGCAAUUCACACAGGAAAAUACCAGUCAGGAGUAGAUAAACCUGAUCCAAAGACAUGGAAGGCAAACUUCCGUUGUGCUAUGAACUCUCUGCCUGACAUAGAAGAAGUGAAGGACAAAAGUAUAAAGAAAGGAAACAAUGCCUUCAGGGUAUACCGGAUGCUGCCGUUAUCCGAAAGACCUUCCAAAAAAGGAAAAAAAAUGAAGCCCGAGAAGGAUGACAAAUUCAAACAAAUUAAGCAAGAGCCAGUUGAAUCAUCUUUUGGGAUUAAUGGGCUAAAUGAUGUCACUUCUGACUAUUUCCUGUCCUCCAGUAUAAAAAAUGAAGUUGACAGUACAGUGAACUUUGUAGUUGUAGGACAGCCGCACCUUGAUGGCAGCAGCGAGGAGCAGGUGAUAGUUGCCAAUCCUCCUGAUGUCUGCCAGGUAGUAGAGGUGACAACAGAAAGUGAUGAACAGCCCCUCAGCAUGAGCCAGCUGUACCCCCUACAGAUCUCCCCUGUCUCCUCCUAUGCAGAAAGCGAAACGACGGACAGCGUUCCAAGUGAUGAAGAAAAUGCAGAGGGACGACUUCAUUGGCAGAAGAGAAACAUUGAAGGCAAACAGUAUCUCAGCAAUCUGGGAAUGAGGAACACUUCUCAUAUGCUUCCCAGCAUGGCAACUUUUGUAGCCAACAAGCCUGACCUCCAAGUCACCAUCAAAGAAGAAAGCUGCCCAUUGCCUUACAACAGCUCUUGGCCCCCUUUCACAGACAUCCCUCUGCCACAAGUAGUGUCCACAGCCUCCACGAGCAGCAGCCGGCCAGACCGCGAGACACGGGCCAGCGUCAUCAAGAAAACGUCAGACAUCACCCAGUCGAGAGUCAAGAGCUGCUAAGCCUUUGGCAGUGUGGUUUUUUAGCUUUGUUUUGUUUGGUUUUGUAUUUUACGUUUCUCUAGGAGAGGUUCAUCCCUUGACGCACACAAGACAAAUCUAAGGUAAAGCCUUGGCAAUAUAAAACAUUGCUGUGUCCGACUCCACUUGCCGGAGUGUUUUUAACUCAGGACUCCAGCCGUCAGUAUGUACGCCUGAACCCAGGUGGGUUUCCAAGGUUGCUACGUAGGAAAACAACCGCAGAACUUUGGCCCACUCACAGGUUCCAGUGUUUCAUAAGAGGACCAACCGACCACAAGGGAAGCGGUGCUGCUGCGCUUCUCGCUGUCAAGGCUGUGAUGGAACUGAAAGCCUCAGAAUGGAAGAGAAAAUGUGAACUAGCUGGAAUAUUUUUAAAUAAAGAAAAAUCUAUUGUGAAUAUUGUACAUAGUGCAGUACUAGCAACGUUGCAGUCUGCUUCUGCACCUUAUUAAGAAAGCACUUACAAAAGGCCUUUUAUUACCUUGCUCUACUUAAUGGCACAUUGAAGGUCCCUCCUCACCUGUAUUCUUUUCCAAGGCUAUUCUUGCUAAAGUGUCUUUAAAGAAUAGAAGAAAGGAAAGGAAGUUAAAACUUCCCAUGUGGAUUUCAUAUGUUUGAAGACUGCUUUUAUCAUGUUUGUUUCUAAUCUGCUAUGCUUGAAUGCCGCGUGGUACAAUAGGAAGAAAAAAAAGAAACCUAUUACAGAGAUAUUAUGCAAAUUCCCAGAUUUAAAAAAAGAAGAAGAAAAAUACUCUAAUUCUAACCAGAGCAAGCUUUUUUAUUUUUUAUACAGGGGAAUAUUUUAUUCAAAGUAAAAUUCUAAAGUGAAUAUAAUUUUUUUUAAUCUUUUCUACAGCAAAUUUAUAAUUUUAAGAUUCAGUCCUUGGUUAUCAGCAGUUAUUACAUCCUUGUGGCACAUUUUUUUUUUUUUUAAUUUUGUAAAGGUGAAAUAGCUUUUAUGAGCUCAUGUAGCAAUCAGAUUAUCCUGUGGAUUGAUAAUAAAUAUGGUAUAUAGUUAAAUUUUUAAUAA